GUUUGACAAACCGACAAAAAAAAAAAAAAAACUUUUUUCUUGGACCAAUCGAUAAAGAUAACUUGCUUUUAAAAAAAUUAAAUAUAAAAAGAGAGCUAGGGGGCGUUUCUAAGAUUUUUUCUUCUUUUUUUUUCUUCACUUCUAACAAAAUAUAUCAAAAUGGUUGCCGGUCAAGCUGCUAAAAAGACUUUCUGGAGUAUCUGGUACAAGCAUGAAAUUAUUCCCAUCUACUUGACUGUCGGUUCUGCCGUCGGUCUCUCCGCAUACUACUUGACCCGUCUUGCUCGUGGCCCUGAAGUCGUCUGGGAUCGUACCAACAACCCUUACCCCUGGCAAAACAUUGACCAAGAUACACAAGUCAAGUUCAUGACUGUGAAUCAAAAGUUCGAAAAGACCUAUUCUCGUGAUAGAUUAUAAACCAGCCAAAAAUAGAAAUGUUUAGACAGACAAUGGAAAGAAAAUAUAUAAAUAAAUAAUACACUAUAUAUUUUUUUGUUUCGGG